GUCAAACUAUAUAACCAGAAAAAUAGAACGACAAAAAAACAACAAAGUUGCAUUGCAUUCGCCGCUUUAUAUUCACUAUAUUUAAUUGAAGACCGUCAAAUCAGUCAGUAUGGAUCAAAAACAAAACGCCGACCAAAGUGGACCCAGUGGCAAGAGGAUGAAAAUGAAUGAUGAAGAGAAUAAUCCAGUUGAACGUGCUGUUGUUGCUGUAAACGAAGUACAACCACGAGCCGAAAUUUUCAAACUUAACAUCGAUUGUUUCGAGGAAGUGUUCGACUAUUUAUCGCUGAGCGAUUUGACAGCUAUGGGGCAAACAUGUAAACGGAUGGAACGAAUUGCGGGACAUUGUUUCCAACUAAGCUAUAAAGCCAAACCAGCAAACUUUUUUAAUCGAAAUAGUUUUUACCUCCCAAUGGGCUCCGAGGUUAAGGUAGAUUGUUUCAAAAAUUUGUUACAAAAGAUAUACUAUCAUCGUCCAUCUACGACAUUUACGAUUGGGCCCAGAAAUGUUUCGCACAAUGAGAUGAUGCAAUUGGAAACUCAAUUGACACACUCAACAUCAAUUAAAGAAAUCGAAAUUACCCGUUUUCGAUUAACAAUGGAUCGGAUUAACCAAUUGAAAGUAGUUCUCAGUAAAAUUGAACGCGUAAUAAUAAAAAGCUGUCGUUUCAAUGAAAUUGAAUUGGACGCAUUCAUUGCUGCUUGCUCAAAGGUCAAAUAUUUAUCCAUAGGCAGAGAAACACAACACAAAUGUCAAUGGAUGCGUCGAAUCUACCCAACAUUGGAACAUAUUGAAUUUAAAAGGUUUGCUGCAAAAGAUGUACCAGCAUUAAUAACAUUCCUCGAGCUAAACACAACGAUUAAGCAAUUUUCUGUCGACAUGGAACUACUGUUGUCAAAACAAAAUUUAUUCAAAAAUUCAAGCAUAAAAUUGGGUACAUUGGCGAUUGAUUGUGAUGCAGAAUAUAAAGAUGAAUGCGAUUUAUAUUGUCAGUUGCUAAAUGAGCUUUACGAUUCUGGAUUUUAUAAGAAAUUGCAUUUAACUUUUAAUGGAUUUAGGAUUCGUCAAAAAGUUGUCGACAAAUUAGCUUCGGUAAAAGGAUUAGUGAAAUUACGUGUCGAACAGCAUGAAAAUCGAAUAAAUUUUGGUGCUUUGAGUAACUUGGAAGAGCUAUACAUCAAUAGCAUUUUUUACAUCGGAGAUCAUGUAAAUCAAGAUUUCCUCCCGAAAUUGAAACGCAUCGUUUCGGAAGUCUUUUCUGAUGACAUUUUACCAUUUAUUUGCCAUUCAAGAAAUUUGAACAAAAUUAAAGUGAAGAUAUUUCAAAAUGGGACAUAUUUCGAUUUAAAUAGAAAAAUUGUCGAUUUAUUUGCGUUGAAUAAAGAGCGUGAGAAAUUGGCGGGAGCGCACAAGAUCGCGAUUUACGUCGAGGACGAAGUUUAUUUGGCAACGAAAUGGGCAAUGAAACAGACUGACUUCAGUUUGAUCCAAAUGAAACGAGAUACAUCAUACGAUUGGAUUUUUUAAGUUUGAAUUUUCCUAAAUGGAUAUUGAUUCUUAAAUCAAUUUCUUAAUUGAAUAAAAUAAAAUUUACUAGAUAUGUCAUAUUUUCUGUGUUAUUAGAUCUACUGUGCUAAUUCUGUUUCUAAACGUUACAUAAAU